AUGCGUAAUUGUACUAUCCAUUUUGUAUAUCUUCAAAGUGGUAGGCGGUGAAGGAUUAUUACUUACUUGCGCCAUAUAGUUAUAGAUGGGUUCGUAUUAUGGUACUCAUGAGAUUGUCGAGCUGAAAGAUGAACCCCGUAUUAGCAAUUUCAUUAAUGAUAAAGAGAAAAAACCACCUCAAGGGUGCAGUAGAUAUAUGGAAGAUGAUAUCAAUAAGUUAUUUGAGGCGCUUAGUAUAAGAUCUUCAUUCAAUGGGUCAAGUUAUUCUGAUGAAACUGGUGGAGCGACACCUAGGAAAAACCCAUCAAAGAAACCAAUGAGGAUGAGUUUAUCAUCUUCAUCGGGAAUUGGGAAUGGCGAGCCUGUGUCUCUAAAACAGGCUUUAAGGGGAUUAUGCAUUUCUCAAGCUUCAGAAAUGGCGGCCAUUAAAAGGUCAUCACUGCCAUAUAGCAGCCCAAUUACACCGAAAAGAGUUGGACCUUCAUUAAAGCUGAAGGAGAUUUUACUUGCGCCAGAAUCUGAGAGUCCAUCUUCAAGUGAACCGGUACAAGAGAAGAAGAUUAUUUCAAUUCCUUCGCCAAGUUGUAGUAUCCAACCAGAAGGGUCAUUGGAGUCGGUUAAUUCUGAAGUUAAGAUUGUAAAUAACCGUGACAAGAAUAAUAUUGCGUCAAGCAAGUCAACUCCAAAGUCACGCUAUAAAGGAAAGGCUAUAAGAAAGUCACCCCGUGCUGUGAAGACGGUAAUUCGAACAAAGAAUAUCGUGAAGAAAAAGUCAAGGCAGGAUUUGACUUCAGUUACUCCUGCUACUAAUGCAUCUAGUUCAGUGAAUGCUAAAUCGGGUCCAGACACGAGCCAUUUAAUUUGCCAAAAAUGCCAUUGUGCUAUAAAAGAUGCAACAACUGAGCCCAAUAAAGGAUCUGCAUCUCAUGUUUCUUUAAGUAGAAAAGAAAAAAGUAUGCAAAGACCGGUCAACACUUUGACUAGUUAUGGUAAAUUCUCCUUACUACAUAAUAAUAAGAAUUCCAGAUUUGGAGAUAAAGGGGAGUUCACUCAAAGUUCAAAUAGCAGCAUUUGUGAAUACAGUAGUAGUACUAGUGUUAGUGAAGAGAGAAAUCUCAGCGGGUGUAUCAUUAUAAAUCGACCUCAUAUGUCAAAAGACAUCAGAUGGCAAGCGAUUCAUCAUAUGUUGAACCAAUAUGGGUUUCUUGGAUUGAAACAUUUCAAUCUUUUGAAAAAGCUUGGUUGCGGAGAUAUUGGUACGGUUUAUCUUGCCGAAUUAGUUGGCACAAAUUACCCGUUUGCCAUAAAAGUCAUGGAUAACGAGUUCUUGGAGAGGAGGCAAAAGAUGCCGAGAGCCCAUAUGGAAAGAGAGAUUUUGAGCAUUUUGGAUCAUCCAUUUCUCCCGACCCUUUAUGCUCAUUUUGUUUCCGAGAACUUAUCAUGUCUAGUUAUGGAGUAUUGCCCGGGCGGAGAUCUGCAUGUUCUUAGGCAGAAGCAGCCUGCCAGAUUUUUUCACGAACAAGCAGCACGAUUCUAUGUGGCAGAAGUCCUUCUUGCUCUGGAGUACUUGCAUAUGCUUGGCAUUGUAUACCGAGACUUAAAACCCGAAAAUAUUUUAGUUCGGGAAGACGGUCACAUUAUGGUCACAGAUUUUGACCUAUCACUUCGUUGUGCUGUGAACCCAACUCUGAUGCAAUCACCUUCAACAGGCACAAUGGAGCCACCUAGAAUGUCUGGCCCAUGCGCUGGGUCAAAUUGCAUAGAUCCUUUCUGCAUCAAACCCACCUGUCAAGUCUCAUGCUUCAGACCCAGAAUCUUACCUGCCCCCAAAAACAAGAAAAAGAAACUUAAUUUAGCGACACUUAACCGCUCAUUGCCACAGCUUGUGGCUGAGCCCACUGAAGCCCGAUCCAACUCAUUUGUGGGGACCCAUGAGUAUUUAGCUCCCGAGAUCAUCAAAGGAGAAGGUCACGGGAGUGCAGUCGAUUGGUGGACUUUUGGUGUUUUCCUUUAUGAGCUUUUAUAUGGGAAAACUCCCUUUAAAGGCCCUGGAAAUGAUGAGACGUUAGCCAAUGUGGUUCUGGAGAGCCUUAGAUUUCCUGAAACACCACUUGUUAGUUUUCAUGCUCGAGAUCUAAUCAAAAGAUUGUUGGUGAAAGAGCCUGAAAACCGAUUGGGGUCACAGAGAGGAGCGGCAGAAAUCAAACAACACCCCUUUUUUGAUGGUUUAAAUUGGGCUUUGAUACGUUGUGCAUCUCCACCUGAGUUGCCAGAGCCGUAUGAUGUCGCACUCUCUAAGGCCGCUUCUUUAGAGAAGGCGAAAAAGUAUUUGGACUACAGCGAGUCGUCUGAAGGGCACCUAGAGUUCGAGCUAUUCUAGCAAAAUGGACCAUCUUUGGUGUAUGGCAAACCCAACAAGCCAUUGGCGCUGCAAAGAUCAAUAUCAAUUACAACAUUCUCAAGCUAGUGGUGGUGGCUGUCGGGGAUCUGGUCUUUUGGGAAUAACAGUGUAGGUGCGCUCAGCAGGAAUGGCAAUAGGGUUGGCAUCGGGGAAACUGUAGUAAUCGUUGGCCUGAGUUUUGACAAUGUUAAUCGGCAUAGUUGUACAAGUUAUUUGUUAAGAGUAAUGAAAUUUCAGACAUAUUUUCA